AUGGACACCUACAAUAAGUUUCUUGCGGAGAGUGUCCUCACUGAGGAGAAAGUGAUCACUUACCGGCUGCUGAGCCGGGCGCUACAAGUUCACGUCAACAUAGCAAAACAGAUGCUGUAUGAAUUCCAUAAAUCUCAGAAUGCCAAACGUCCCGGAUCUGUGCAUGCUACCUACCUGGUGUAUGGAGCAAAAAAGCCUGGCAACGAACAGCCAACGGCGCGGGAUAGUGCCGAUGGCGACAUCGAUAUGACAAGCUCACCUCCAGAGUUCGAAUCAUCCUCAGACAUCAUACCUACCUUUUCGCUUAGCUUGGUCCCCGAGGAACGCCUUGAUGAGGCGCUUUCCGAGUAUGAUGAGGUAUCCUCGAUCCAUGUCUACAGUGUUGGGCCUCAUCCGACAAAGGAUCUUGCCCUUAUCAUUGAUGCAGCCAACCAAGUUCUCAGUCUGCAGGCCGGCGAGGACCAGAAGAAGUUGGCCGUCAUUACUAACUCCCGCGCUCGCCGUAGAGAACGGCAGGGGGCCGGUCUGAAGGUCGCAGCCGCAGCGACGACGACGGCGAAGGCGCAAGUAAAGCCGGCGCUUGCUAAACCGGCACCAGCCCCGGCACCGGUUGCAGCAAAUAUCAAGGAAGACUCGAAGCCGGCUCAACCAGGCCCAACCACGGCUGAGAAAGCAUCUGCUGCCCCGACACUGGGCAAGAAAUCAGCAGCGCCCUUAAAACGUGGCGCUAGUUCUGGCAUCAUGCAAGCCUUCUCUAAAGCGACGCCCAAGGUCAAAAAGGAGGCGGAUACUCCAGAGACUACUACGCCCAGUGGCGAGAAUCCGAACAUGCAGCCCCUAUCCGAUGAUGGAGAGGACGACGAAGAGAUGCCGCAGCCGCAGCCGAAGGCCAAUGCCGCUUCCGACCUGAAGAGCCGAAAGCAGAGGGAGGAGGAGCUUAGGCGUAUGAUGGAAGAAGACGACGAAGAAGAAGAGCCGCCGGAGAAAGCCGAAGAUGAGUCUGCUGAGGAGCCAAUGGAAGAGGAACCUCCAGCACCAGAACCGGCAAAGGAGGAGACUCCAGAAAUUGUGACUGCAUCCACCAACGGUCGACGUCGCGGCAAGAGGAGGGUCAUGCGCAAAAAGCAGAUUAUGGACGAUCAGGGAUACCUUGUCACAAUCCAGGAACCAGGGUGGGAGUCUUUCUCAGAAGACGAGCCUCCUCCGCCCACCAAGCCAAAGACGAUGAGCUCGGCGCCGCCAGCUCAGACUGCCAAACCAAAGAAGAGUGGGCCAAAAGGAAGCCAGGGAAGCAUCAUGUCCUUCUUCUCCAAGAAGUGA